GCAUCACUGCCAGCAAGCAAGAUUAACCGGAGGCGGAAACAGUGAGGUGCGUAGUAGCAGACGCGAGCAACCAACACAACCUACUGAAUUAACUGUACAGAAAGCGAGAUUUUUGCACUGAGAGUCAAAUUUCCAUUUGACAGGAUAUUGAUGUCAUAUUGUGGAACCCAAAACGGCGGCCGCCGCAGCAAAUGGGACCAGCCCGGGCCCGGCUCUGGCUCAGGUGGGAUGGGGGAGGCUGAAGCUGCACCCACCGGGGCUCUGGAUGCUGCAGCUGCUGUGGCUGCCAAGAUCAACGCUAUGUUGGUAGCCAAAGGAAAACUCAAACCCUCGCAGAUAGGCAUCCCGGGACCACCUGAUAAGGCUGUUGGUGUUGGGAAGCCUCCGUUGCCAACAAAGGCCAAGGAUGACCUGGUCGUAGCUGAGGUUGAGAUCAAUGACGUACCAAUCACCUGUCGGAACCUCCUGACACGCGGACAAACACAGGAUGAGAUCAGUAAAGUGAGCGGUGCUGCGGUUUCAACCCGAGGUCGUUACAUGACAGCAGAGGAGAAGGGCAAAGCUCUACCAGGGGAUCGACCUCUGUAUCUGCACGUCCAAGGACAGACUAGAGAGCUCGUCGACAGGGCAGUUAACAGAAUCAAGGAGAUCAUCACCAACGGCGUGGUGAAGGCUGCAACUGCCUCAUCAUCUUCUUCAACCUUCUCCCCUAGUGGGGCAUCAGUCACAGUUUACCAACAGCACAACCCACCUCCUCCCUCACUACCCCCCAUGACCCACCACAAACCACACUUUCAGUCCGGGAUGCAUUAUGUUCAAGAUAAAGUCUUUGUGGGCCUGGAGCACGCUAUCCCAGGGUUUGUGGUCAAAGAGCGUGUCGAGGGCCCUGGCUGUUCGUACCUGCAGCACAUCCAGGCUGAGACUGGGGCCAAAGUCUUCCUUAGAGGAAAAGGAUCAGGCUGCUUAGAGCCUGCCUCUGGACGAGAGGCCUUUGAACCCAUGUACAUCUACAUCAGUCAUCCUAAACCAGAAGGACUUGCAGCAGCAAAAACCUUGUGUGAGAACCUGCUUCAGACAGUCCAUGCAGAGUAUUCUCGCUUCCUCAAUCAAAUGAGCACAAUGAUGCCAACACAACAUGGCUUUGCACAGCCUCCAGCGGUGAAUGGGAUGCCUCCACAGACUCCUUAUUACCCCCCUGCCGGAUACCAGCCAGGCUACCCCAUGCCUGUACCACCACCUCAGCCACAACCUGUCCCUCCACCUUACACUGUCCCACCUCCUAUACCUCACACAGCACCUGCAGGUUUGCCUUCUCAGUACCCCCUCCCCCAUGCCCCUACGCCUGCUCCUGCCCCUGCUCCAGCUCCAGCUCUUGCCCCUGCACCUGCUGCUGCUCCAGGCGCUAUGCCACAGACUAUUCCUCCUGUACCUUUUCCUCCAUCAGCUGCAGUGCCACCCAAAGCUCCACCUCCUGCCGCCCCAGCCAACCCACCACAGAAAAGACGCUUCACAGAGGAGGUCCCAGACGAGAGGAACAGCGGUCUACUCGGAUACCAGCAUGGACCCAUUCAUAUGACUAAUUUAGGUGCAGGCUUCCCAGUGGGCAGCCCAGAGACUGCAGGACCCCCAGCACCGAGUUCCUCUGGCCCGCCGAGUGAGAGGGACAGUCGGCAGCUAAUGCCUCCACCUCUGUUGCCUGUGAAUGGAGUGAGACCCAAGAUGGAGGAGAGAAGGGCACCGCAAGGACCCGUGGACCCCGCAGUGAAGAGAUUGAAAACUGGUUUAGUGGCAUACACCGGCGACUCCUCUGAUGAAGAGGAAGACCACUCAACCUCCAAAGCCUCAGGACCAGGUAACCCUGUGGCAGUUCCCCCCACCUCCACCUCCUCAGGCUGGACGCAGGGCUAUCGCUGCCCUCCUCCACCACCCCCCCGUGCUAAAACACAGCCACAGCCGCAGUCUAUGCCUUUCUGGAUGGCACCCUAAAACAGGAAAAAUCUAACCUCCCUCAGUGCUUUGUGCCGAGUCUUACAGGAUGAUCAAACUGAGCCUGUCUUAUCCAUCACUCAUCACCCGUGCAUCACAAGGAUGACUCUUUACAGCUACAUUUUGGUCGCAGCAUUAUUUUAGUAUUUGGGUCCAAAUGGACAUACUAAUGUUUUGCAAAACUCCUGUUUGUUUGUUUGUUUUUGGUGCACACAUUAUAGUUUGAAGAAGGACUGAUACUCCAAACUAUUUUGUGGAUGUAUAGAUGGUCAGAUGAGUAAUAUUAUGCCUCCAGUUUUAUUUGGAAUGGAAUAAAAACCCAUGCCAAGUGUUUGAAUAUAGUGACUUUGUAAAAACAAUAUCACAAGGCAAUGAUGUUGUACAUCACUGACCAGUUUUCAUUUUUUCCAGAGUACAGCUUUUCCUACUUUGUCACCCCCUAUCCUUUCUCACUGUCCAAGUCAGUGACACCAUCCUUUUCUAUUCUGGACUUUUUGUACAGAUCAGAUUGGAUUAAUAUGUAGUAAACCUAUUGAAUUAAUUUCAUCCUUUUAUGAAAUAAAUAAACUUAAUUUAUUGCCAUG